AUGAUAUUCACAGGGGUGCUUGUGCUUCUCCAUAUUGGUCUAAGUUGCCAACAACAGCAACAGCAACAACCACAACAACCACAACAGUCACAACACGGCCAUUAUUACCCACCAACUGAUCAUACACUUGGGGAUGAUGAAAUUGUCAAACGAGGAGUUCAAGAACUACAUGAUAUCGAUGCUGCCACUGAUCUAAAUGAAUGUCUUACGUGUAAGACCAGGUUGCAAGUGGGCAAGUUCUUGGCAUUAACACGACCUGAUUUGGUCCCACAAGUGUUUUCCACAUGGUGUGUUGAACUGGGGCAUGAUGAAGUACAAUGUCACAUGAAUUAUGGGUAUCCUGAUGAUCAAUACUCUGCAACUGGGAAUGAUUUCACUAAAAUGGUUAGCUUGAUGAAUCCAUCAGGAUUAGAUGGUGAUUAUUUCUGUUAUUAUCAUGAUAAAAAAUGUCAUGUUUUGCCUGAAACACCAAUGGUGGAUAUGAGUAAUAUGUGGCCACCAAAACCAAGAAACUAUUUACCACCAGAUAGUAGUGGUGAGGUGUUUCAUGUGUUACACAUUAGUGAUAUUAAUUUGCAAUUGGAUUAUGAAGUAUUUGGCGAAGCCAAUUGCACUCAAAGCUUGUGUUGUACAUCACGUAGUCGAAAUUUGAAACAUCAAGCACCAUCAGUGAAUGAAAAUGCUGAUAUGGAUGGAUAUUACGAUAGCAGCUAUAGCAAAAACCAUUUUGAAAAGGGGCGGUACUUGGAUAUCACCAAGAUUAAAAAACCCACUUGGUCACCAGCAAGACAAUUUGGAGAAUACACUUGCGAUACACCAACAUUGUUAUUGAACAGCACUAUGCAAUGUAUCAGGGACUUGCAUCAAAAUCAUUUGUCGUUUGAAUUUGCUAUAUUCACAGGUGGAACGGUAGAUCAUUCUGAUAGAAGCUUUAUGACCAAGGAUAAGAUUAUCAAGUCUCAAGAGACAAGUUACAAAAUUCUCAAGCAUUAUUUAGAUAAUGUUGAUGUCAUUCCAACGUUUGGUACUCGUGAUGUUUUCCCCAUGAAUCAAUUACCUCAGAAAAACUUGAGCGUCAACUCCAACGUAUAUCAAUGGCAAUUUGAUCUUUUAGCUGAUAUUUGGCUGGAAUUGGGGUGGAUAGACCAUGAAACUGCCAAGCAAAUUAGGUACACACAAACUGGGUUCUCAUUGAAAACAUCAUUGGGAUUGAAAAUUAUCUCAUUAAAUUCCAAUGUUUGGAAUGUGAAAAACUUGUAUGCAUUUUGGAAUGUACUAAACGUUGAUUCCUACGGGGUUUGGAAAUUUUUGAUUAAUGAAUUGCUUGAAUCGGAACGCAACCAUGAACGGGUAUGGAUUAUUGCUCAUUUACCACCGAAUCAUCAAUCACUAGCACUCCCCACCAAAGUAUUAACCCAAAUAAUUGCUCGGUUCUCCCCCAAAGUGAUUGCUGCCGUUUUCUUUGGUUGUAUCCAAUUGGACUCAUUUAUCGUUCAGUAUGGUGGUGAUGGGACCAAUGAGCGUGAAUUGCAAAAUGCAUUCAAUCAUGCAUUGAUUGGUCCUCUGAUUAGCCCCUAUGGCGGAGUUAACCCUGCAUGGCGAUAUUAUGCUGUUGACAAACAAAGCUUUAGUAUAACAAACUCCUUCACUUAUUACACUAAAUUGUCCAAUAGUUUCCGUAAUGAUGGAGCUGAGCCCAACUGGGAUUUUGCUUAUUCUGCACGAGAUGUAUACGAUCCCGACCAAUUGUGGCCCCUGGAUUGGGGGUUAAGCACUGAGUGGUGGCAUCAUGUGGCAAAUAGAAUUUCAACAAACCCUGAAUUGGAGUUGUUGUACCAAAGAUUGGAAACCCGAUGGUCUCCAUACACAUUUAUUGAUAAGGACAAUCAUUGCAAAGUCACCAGUUUUUCUCUCGAGGCAAGGAAACAAUGCAUGAUAACUGAAGACCAAGAUGAUUAUGUGGAGCCAGUGGUGGCCAAUGACUAUAUCCCCAUCGUUCACGUUGCUGAUCAAUCAGUGGAGUAUGUUGAAGUUGAACCUGAAGAUAAAUGUGAAGGUGAUGGUGAAGAAGAUGAUGACGAAGGUGAAGAAAAUUUGGAAAAAAAUUAUGCCAGUUCGGAUGAAUGCAUUGAGGAGGAGAAUAAUUCAACUACGACUUCCAUAACUAGUACUGCUGGAACUUCAGUGUCUCCUACUGCUAAAUCCGCUACUAUUGCACCAACCCCCAAGGGUAAAAACCAAAAAGUAAAGGGUAAAUCACUCCAUUUGAAAAAAUUGAGUAAAAAAGUAAAUUAUGCUAAACAACAUGUUAUCCAUUUGUAG